ACAAACAGAAAUGAAAUUUUGCUUGAUGGUGACAGAAUUUGUUUCAAAAUGGUGCUUGAUCUCAUUGCUUUCAUUGUAAUGUUAGAACACGGAGUGCUUCUUGCGCAUCUCUAUGAUUGUCGCUACUUGCAUGUGAUGCUAGACAUAAUGGUCAUCUUUUAAAGUUGCAAGUUAGGACAUUUAAAAUUUCGAUCCUACUGAGAAUAUGGUACUUCAUUAAGUCUUGGCUUCAAAACUUAUCUCUUUUGUUGGUCUCAAUCACUCUAUGUAGAGAAGCUAAUAAUGUUCAAUAUCCUAACCUUCCCCAAUACUAACAAAGCUGGUGUGUGGCUCAUUGAUGUUUUUGUUGAUAGUUGGAGUUACAGAAAAAAGUAUGGGAUGUCUUUCUUCAUUUGUGUCAUCAUACAUGGGAUGAAUUUAGAUAUUUCAACAUUUUCUUUUUUUGCCUAGAGUUAAAUUAUAGAUGCUCUUAUAUUUAUGAAUGCUGACUGUGCUCAUUUGUUGUCUUUUUUAACCUCUAUACUUUGGUUGAGAGCUAGGGUUUGGGUGAAAAUUAGGGAUGGUCAAUGGAAAAUGCUACUGUCUUUGACUCAAAUGUAUGGCAAUACAUGAGUAAUGGAUGUGGCAUGAAGAGAUAAGGCGAGAAGUUGUGUAAGGCACGUGAGUACCUUGCACAUAAAUCUGGGAGUCAAGAUCAGUUGCAGGUUACCCUGGGUGGUAAAUUUAGUGACUGCACUACUUUCUCAUUUCUACGAUGUGAUGCAUAAUAAGGAACUUUGAAAAAAAAAGUCUGCAUGUUAGGGCAAUUGAAGAUUGUAAUCUAUUGAAAACAUGGUAGUUGAUUAUGAUUCAGCUUUGAAGCAUCUUUUACAUGGAUCAAAAUAAAUAUUUCAUAAUAAUCCAACUAUUGGGGUUGGUUACACAUGUCUAUUCCCAAUGAUUCAGCUCUUGGAAAUAUGGUACCUCUAGUUAAAUCCAGGGCAUUCAGUCUCUUUUUUAUUCAGUGUGAGCUGUAUAAUAUAGUGCGAAAUGUAAAUAGGUCAUUUUAACCUUACCCAGUACUGGGACAAGUAAAUAGGUCAUUUGGUCCCUGUACUCUCAAGGGAUUACCGGUACCAUCCUUACACUUGUCUUUCUAUCUUUAAAGUUGCCAAACGAAUUUUCUGUUCACCAAUAUUAUCUUCAGUGACAAGAAUUCGUUCCAACAUCUUGAUGUCACCAGUUUUUGCUGAUAUGGAAGAAGGUACCUUAUUUUCAAGGGGGUCAACUGGAAAGGGUGAUCAUCUUUUGUCAUCAGUAGUUGAUUGUUUGUUUCUGAGGAGGGUUAGCACACCGGUAGCGAGCCAUGGACCGGCAGAACAAUAGAGAUGGCAGAUGGUGGCUGAAAGUGAUGCUAGCAAAUGAAACAGUACCGACGAUGGAGGCAAGAGUUUCUCUGGAGCGAGUCAUGGUAACCUCCACAAACAAAGUUCCACAUGAAGCAUGGUUCUGUCAAUGGUUAAGUAUAGGAAUGCUUUUACCGUUAGAUCAGCUGCCAAGUUAGAAUCAAAUCAGUGGUUUACCCAUGUCAGCAGAUCCCAUCAAUCCUAAGCCGUUGGAAUGGUUUUGUUUGGCCGGAGAGGAUGGAAUCGGUGAGGACAUUACAGCUUCUUGUUGCUGCUGCUGCAGUAAUUGUUCUCCUUAUUGCUACUUUUCUUACAUACGGUAAAUGGAUGGAGCAAAUCCAGACAACCAGCAGAGCUAAUUUCUUGCCUGUUCUCUUCAUUUGUUCUUUAUGGAUUAGCACAAAUGAGCUGUGAACAUGCCAACCCAUUAUGGCUUUUAUGUUCUCCCUCGAUCUCAUCAGGAAAAUCAAUAUAUUGUGUCAUAUUUGCAUUUCUUUCCUCUAUUUAGAGAAGAGGAGACGAGACUGGAGAUGAUAAUUAUGAUGUUUGGAAUCACUGCUUGGCUAUACUGUCCACAGACUUUUCUCCCAUAUUAGACCGAUGUAACCUAUUUCAUCCUCUCCUCUCAUGCCAAUUACCUUCCUGAUUUGAUCAGAUCAAUUCAGAGUAGGGAGGUGCUCUUUUAUGAUCUUGCAAUAACUAUGUCUUCCACGGGUAGAAGAUUGAGAUUUAAAGGGAAGGUGGAAGGAUUUGAGAGGGCCUUUGAUAGCUUUCCUGUGAUACGUAUCUUCUCUCUCUACAAAGGGAAUGCUGCACACAUCUCGUCCAUCCAUCUGCAUGCUAUCUCAGCCUCCGAGAGAUGUCUCCCCCCACCACCAUCCUCUGCGGUGCGCUCCUCUUCUUCCUCCUCGUCUCCUCGACCCUCCCGGCCGCGUCCUUUGACUGUGACGCGGGUGACCGCGCCGCCCUCCUCAAGAUCAAGAAGGGCCUCGGCAACCCUCGCCAGCUCAACAGUUGGAUCCCCGCCACCAACUGCUGCAACUGGUACCACGUCGGAUGCGACUCGCAGAGCGGCCGGGUCGUGUCCCUCCAACUCAGAGACACCUACGGCGUGGUCGCUGACAAGGUGCCGGCGGCCAUCGGGGACCUCCCCUUGCUUCAGGUGCUGGCCCUAAAGAACAUGCCCGGCCUCUCCGGCCCCAUCCCCCGUUCCUUCGCCAAACUCAGGUACCUCGCCGGCAUCUUUAUCAAGAACAACUCCAUCAACGGCACAAUCCCCCGCUUCUUCAGCAACCUCCCCGAACUCAGGGUGAUCGACCUCAGCGACAACAAGUUCACCGGCCCCAUCCCGCCAGGCCUGUCGCACGGGGAGACCCCGUUCCUCGUCCUCCGCAACAACUUGCUGACGGGGGAGAUCCCCGCGUCCUAUGGCGACGUGGAGUACACCACCUUCGACGUCUCGCACAACCGGCUCACUGGGAGCGCAUCGUUCUUGUUCAAGAACAGGUCAAGGUCGACGUUUGACAUCAGCCUGUCGUGGAACCAGCUGGAGUUCGACAUUACGGAGGCAGCGCUUCCGGUGAAGCUGCGGACGCUGGAUGUGAGCCACAACCGGAUCCGGGGCGGCGUCCCCAAGGCGCUGGAGGACAACUACUACAUGUACCGCCUCAACCUUUCGUACAACCAGUUGUGCGGCGAGAUCCCGACGGCCGGCGCCAUGGAGGCGUUUGGUGCCGACAGCUUCCUCCACAACAAGUGCCUCUGCGGACCGCCGCUGCCACCAUGUCGCCACUGAGUGACGCACCGUGUUCGAUGAAGCGCGCCAAUGGCAAUGUUUGUGUCUGAGGUGUUGUGGAAGGAAUAAUUUGGUGCAUCCAUGCAUGCAUGUGUGCUGUUUGAUGGUCUGCUCAUAGUUCAUGAUAACUAUGUAGAUCGAUAAUUUUAAGUUGAUUUAGUUAAUAAAGGUAAUGAAAGGUA